ACAAUUCAGGGAAGGAGCCAUACCACCGUUCUAAAUGUGUUAAGAACUUGUCAAAACACAGCUAUACCACAACUCCCAUUGUAGAGAAAUCAUAUUUGUAUAAACGUGGCAAACGAUUCUUACAAGUGAGCCACCUUCAGUCACACAUGAUUGGUCAUGGAGGACAGGGUUUAUGUCGUUGUCCAGUAUGUGGUAAACAUUUCUUUGACAAAAGCCAUCUUCGCAGACACAAAAGAAUUCACACUGGAGAGAAACCAUAUUGUUGUUUUGAAUGUGGCAAAUGUUUCUCACAAUCAAGCCAUCUUCAGACACACAUGAGAGUGCACAAAGGAGAACAGCCAUUUUCCUGUUCUGAAUGUGGCAAACGGUUCUCACGAACAAGCCAUCUUAAGACACACAUGAGAGUGCACACAGGAGAACAGCCAUUUUCCUGUUCUAAAUGUGGCAAAAGGUUCUCACAAACAGGCCAUCUUCAGCAACACAUGAAAGUGCACACAGGAGAACAGCCAUUUUCCUGUUCUGAAUGUGGCAAACGAUUUUCAAGUAGAAGUAAUCAUCUGAAGCAUUUAAGAGUUCACACUGGUGAGAAGCCCUAUUGCUGUCCUGAAUGUGGCAAAAGAUUUUACGACACAAGCAAUCUUCUGCGUCAUGCAGGAGUCCACAAUAAAGACCAUCUUUAGGUCCGUUCUGAAUGUGGCAAGAAAUUCUCACAAAGAGGCAGUUUUCGUAGACAUAUAAGAACACAUGUUUGAUAGAGGCCGUACUCGUUUCCUAAAUGUGACAAGCUAUUCACCGAUAACAGCAGCCUUCAUAGACACAACAUAAUUCAUUCUGGAUUAAGGCCAUAUUGUUACUAUGAAUGUGGAAAGCGAUUCUUACAACCGUGCAGCUUCCAGCGACAUGUAAGAACUCACACAAAAGAAAAGCCAUACCGUUGCUCUAAGUGUGGAAAAACAUUCAUACAGAAAACCCCUCUUCAGGGAGACAUGAAAAUUCAUG